UUCAUUCCAAUUUCAUAUUCCUUCAAACAACCUCUCCAUCUUCUUUGCAUCUCAUCCUCAUUCCUUAAUUUUAAUGGACACUUUCAGCAGUGACUCUGGCUCACCUUCGGCCGCUCGCCGUGCCAACUCCGAUGAAGAAACUUAUCUCACUGUCUCUUCUGCCCCACCCAAACGCCGAGCAGGACGAACUAAGUUUCGCGAAACCCGCCAUCCUAUCUUCAAAGGUGUCCGUCGCCGCAACUCCGACCGCUGGGUCUGCGAAGUCCGAGAACCAAACAAGAAAUCAAGAAUCUGGCUCGGCACUUUCCCUACUGCAGAAAUGGCCGCACGAGCUCACGACGUCGCUGCCAUCGCCCUCCGUGGCCGCUCUGCCACUUUGAAUUUCGCUGACUCAGCUUGGCGUCUCCCCGUCCCUGACUCUACCAGUCCUCGAGACAUUCAAAAAGCCGCCGCUGAGGCUGCCGAGGCUUUCCGUCCUUCUUGCUCCGACGAAGCAGCCUUGAGACAAGACAAUGUCAUCGACGAUUGCAGUUACUACGUUGAUAAUGAACUCGAGCUUGGAAUGCAAGGUUACCUCGACAUGGCACAGGGGAUGCUCAUUGAUCCACCUCCGCCACCGACGGUGCCUUUCUCCGAUGCCGUUGAUAGUGAUGGCGAUGCUGACGUGCCACUCUGGAGCUACUCUUUUUAAUUUAAAUGCUCUCUAAUUGACAUGCAUAACCAUGUGUGUACAUACAAUGAAUUAAUGCCAUUUGGUAGUAAGUACCUCUAUGUUUUUUUGUUUUUUUCCUUUUAAAUUAGUAACUGUUUAAGAAGAGACAGUUAUAUAUAUAUAUAUAUAGCAUGAGUUAGUUGGAGAAAGAGAUUAGAUAAAUAUCACUGCAUUGCAUUGCAUUUGCAUUGCAAUGUGGAGUGGGGUUAAGUUAAGUGGUUUUGUUUGGUAAAAGAAUAAAGAGAUGUAUUUGGCUUUUUUUUUUCCAAGGAUGCAAUUAGUGGUUGUAAGCUGGUAUGCAUGAAACAUGUAUCCAUCCCUUUCAAAUAGAAUGUGGUGGAAGAAUUGAGGCUU